AUGAUAAUGAUCGAGAAGAUAAUCGACAAUUAUUUUAAUGAGGAAACUAUUACCAAGAUUCAACAGAACACGGUUAUUCCACUUUAUGAAUUGGUCACACCUAUUGAAAAUCUUAGGACUCAUAAAAUACCACGUCCACAAAAUAGUUUUGUCAUAUACAGAAGGAACAUUCAAGCUAAAAUUGCUUCAUCUUUUGCGUCCGACAAUUCUAUUGGAAAAUUGGAUAACGUUUCUAAAUUUGCCGGUAAACAGUGGAAAAAAGAAUCAAAAGAGAUUAGAGAAUUAUAUAGUCUCAUCGCUGAUUGUGCCAAAAAAGUUCAUGAUUUUCUUUAUCCCGGUUACGUUUACCAUCCAAGAAGAAAUGCUACUACAAAUAUUCCGAUGGGGAUAAUUUCAAAUCACCAUGGCAAUAUCCCACAGGUCGUCCGUUGGAAAAACAAAUUAGUUACUAAUCGUCGUCAAAAUUACCCUCCUACUUCAACACCUUCAUCAUUUAAACAUAUCGUUUCCCGGUCAAAACAAAUUUCUGAUUCAUUUAGUAUCACAAUACCUUCUUCAUUACAUUAUUCAAUGUCUUCUUGCUACUAUAACGACGUACCUUCGCAACAUCAACCAUCACAACCGUCUAAUUCAUCACCUAAUUCUCAGUUUUCUUGUACACAUUCUCAAUCUCGAACAAACUUAUCUUCUGAAAUGUGUAAUAAUACGAUUCCUCCACUUUCACAAUUAGCAUUACUGUUUCCACCGCCUCAAAAAAUAGAAAAAUGUACUGAUUCAUUGUUGCCUCUGACCUCCUAUGAUCGCAAAGUUUGUCAACUUUUAAACACACACAACAAAUACUUUUAA